AUGAAUGAAAACAGCGAUCCAAAUAAAAAGAAGAGAACAAGAUCAAGGUUCGGUUGUCGAAAUUGUAAGCGUUUGAAAGUGAAGUGCGAUGAAAUUAAACCAUCCUGUUCAUUAUGCCUGAAAUCGAAUAAAGAAUGUGAUUAUUCAAUACAACUGACAUGGGGUGGACGGCCAUUCAAGAAGAAGAAGGUCAACAACUACGGCUUUGCGACCAUAAGUACAUUUCAGCAAGAGUUUGUCACCGAGACCAAGAAGACAAAAGAUUUUCUCAAUGACUGCAUUAUACCAGAACUUGAAACAUUUGGAAACAAGUAUGAUGUGUAUGCUGCUGAGCUCAGUCCUCGUAUAAAAGAGUUGGAGGAAAAUUACGAAGAUUUAUUAGACGAGGAAUCGUUAGUUACUAGAAGUUUAUUCUCUAGCGUUUCACAAGAUCAAGAUAGUGAAAAUGAUAACCAUGCAUUAGUUGUCUCUACUCCAACAAAUAACCAAACCCAAGAUAUGCUCACUGGCUAUGAAUUUAUCCCAUUUUCAAUUGUUCCAUUACCUGAUAUGUUAUUGAAAGUUCCUUAUUUUAGAGAAAAUUACCACGCCUAUGUGGAAAUAUAUUCCAAAAUGAUUGUUCCUGCUCCUCCAUCCACAUAUGAAGAUAACCCAUUGACUUGUAUUGUACCAAGAAUGUCUUUGACUUCAUCUACUGACGGUAUGCUAUCGGUUUUGAUUGCAUCAAGUAUCGUUCAAGGAAGUCACUAUCGGGGAGAAAACUAUCCACAAGAAAUUGUUAAUAUGCUAAUCAAAAGGGCCCUGAAUGAUCUUUAUGAGAGACUUACAGAUGAACAAGAAGCAGAAUCAGACUACACACUGGCAUUGAUUAUGAUUUUAGCAUGUUUUGAAAUAACUUGCAGUGAAAAAUACGAUUGGAGGUCUCAUUAUUAUGGUGCUCGAAGAAUUAUUUUAUCCAGAGGUUUAAUCAAAUCAAGUGAUGAUACAGGAUCUGCUAAUCGUAAGAUUGUUGGGUUUGAUUUGAGUGAAGAGUCUGAUGUUACUUAUUUUUUUGCUCGUUGGUUUGCUUAUACUGAUGUUAUUGGAUCGUUAUCAUCUUCAUCAUUAUUGAAUAAAACAUUUAACGGGAACGAGACACAUUUAAUUUGGGAAGCUCCUGAAAUAACACAGAAAGAUAAGUUAAAUUUGAAAGAUAUUGAUCCUUUUAUGGGAUUCGACCUUAGAUUGUUGAAAUAUUUUGCAGAGAUUGUUAAUCUAGUGAAGGAACGUGAAAGAAAUUGUCCAACUGUUGAUUUUUUAUCAGCAACAUUGAUAAGGAAAGCUCUAGAAAUCAAAGAAAGCAUGUCCAAGUUUUUGACUGAAUCAGAAGUUGAAAGGACUCAAGUUUUGAAAGAUAUCAAAGAACAAGGUGAUGAGAAAAGACUAAGUUUUUUGGAGCGUUACACAAUACUAAAGGCAACGAACCGUUGUUUCGCUUUAGCUGGUAUUUUGCAAAUUUAUAGAAGAAUAUUGUUAAUGCCAGCUGCUUCAACAUUGGUUCAAGAAUUAAUUUCAGAGAUCACCACAGUUUUCAAAAAUGAUAUUCCAGUGGGGACACCUGCAGCUUGUUGUACCAUUUUUUCUCUAUUCACCUCAGGCUGUGAUGCUAUAGAUAAAGAAACCAGGGCAUUUUAUGAAGAAAGAGUUUUGCUUUUAGCCAAAGAUGGGUUUACAUUUGGAAAUACAGCAUAUCAACUAAUGAUUGAAUGUUGGAGUACUGGAAAAUACUGGGCUGAUCUAAUUACAGAAAUGGAUAUUGAUCUAACUUUUGUCUAA